AUGCCAGUGCUCCAGGGCAGGAUGCUUGGAUGGCCGCUGUUCCAAGUCAGACAACCCCUCCACAUGGGCAGCCAAAAAUACUUAUUUUUGCUCGGGGAAUUGGCUGGCCCGUCGUGGCGCCCACUGGCAGUCAAGCUUCCUACCGGCUGCUGCGCUCAGAUGCACGCUGCUUUUUCGCUGCACAAGGCGGCUCGUCGCAGUGGAUUCGCGCUGCUAACAAGCACAUCCCCAUGCGCCGUAGCGCCGCAAGCUCAACAAGGACGAGCACCGCCGGCCGACGCUCGUGAGGAUCGCUGGCUUUUCGUUCACGGUGGCAAGCCGCCAGAGGCUGCUCUCACACGCCCCGUCGUUAAGAGCUGUCGUUCGUGUCAGUGGCUGAUAGUUAGACUUCUCGAAGACCACCCCGGCCCCUCCUUCAGCAUCUGGGCGCAACUCCCGCUCAUUAAUGCCUGUGCCAAUCAUGCCUGGAAGCCGACAGGUCCUUCCACAGAGGCGAAUUGCUGUGAGAACUGCUCAAUUUCACCCAGCCUGUCGCAGUCGACCCUCGCGCCUGGAGGCCUGGUGCUGCUCACGAGGCCUGAAAACGCUGCGUAUCCGAUCAAUGGUGCUGGCGGCCGUCGACAGCCACACGGAAUAGGACUGCAGCUCGCUGCGGACACAAUAUUGAAGCAGAGGGACGUGGAGAGCCACGUCUGUCCUGCAGCGGCCAACGGUGAACGCUAA